CGGCGAGGCCGCGCUCCCUGGAGGGCGCUGAGGUGGUCGGACUGGCCGAACCGGCGCGACUUUCCGAAGCCGGCCGAGGAUCCCUACUUCCUAGAAAAGUGCCUGAGACCCCGGGACUGGACUGGCGCGGCCUGGCGACCGUUAGGAGGCCGAGACUAGAGGCUGACUAGCCCUGCCCGGUUCGGCUAACGGGUGGAACUGGGAAUCGGAAAACCUGGAUGUGGCUUGGGAGAGGAGGGGGCACGGGGCGUGGCCAGGGCCGAAGACGAACAGCAAACCCAGAAGGCUGGAGGGUGAGAACGCUCCGGGGGCGUGGCCAUGAGGUGGAGCUAAGUAUAAGCAGCAAACCCCGAGGGUGUCCGCAGACCACCCAGGAGGCGUGGCUCUGGCAAGACGGGGCUCAGGGCGUAGCCAGAGCCCAGAGACGUGGCGAGCUGAGGCAGGUAGACGCCGUGCGGGCGGGGCUGAGGAAAGCCACACGCCUAGAAGGCGUGGCUCCGACGGGCUGGGCGUGGUCCUGGGGCGUGACCAGGGGGCCCCAGGGGCAGAGAAAAAGCAGAAAACUCCCAAGGCAGGACUCUGGGAGAGAAGGAAAGAGACAGAGAGGAAGCUGGGGUUACGAGCGAGGCCAAAGUACUAGCAUUUGAAAUAGUGCCGCCGAGUGGGGGGUGUGGCCAGGGCCAGAGGAGCUGAUUGGAGGCUGUCCGCAACAAUGGGAAGGCGUGGCUUCAGUAGGAAGAGACCAGGGGGCGUGUCUAGACUAGUGGCGUGCGGAGGUUUGGCUUGAGUUGGGAAAGGUUUAGGCUUGUUGCCAAGGCAGAGAUCAGCCUGGGACCAGACUGUAUUCCCAGAAGGCAUGACUUGAGCUGGGAAAAGUUAACAGAGUAGCAAACCCAUAAACCGUGACUUGUGUGGGAAGGGGCUCAAGAACCAGGGGUUCUAGUUGGGCCUGAAGACCAAACUUGUAAAACCUUGCUUAGGCGGAACAAGGUCCGAUAUAGGGGAUAGGAUCAAGUUUAGAAUGGGCGGGCGGUAAAGGGAGAGGCUGGGGGACUUAGGACUGGAGGAAUACUUAAGAGCAGGGACAGGGCCCUAAAAGCAUCGCUGGAGACAGAAACAAAAGCUAAACCAGGAGCUGGGUGUGCAGCUCAGUAGGAGAGCCCUUGGCUGCUAGCAUGCUAGAAGGCCCUAGGUUCGACCUCCAACACUAAAACAAAUCCCAAAAAACAAAACAAGAAAAACAAAACCCCACAACUUGUCUUGUCUGUAUGCCCGGAUACUAUGGCCGAUGGCUCACUCUCCAAUAUGGGAGUCGGGUAGAGCCUGGGAAAUCUUUUCGGAACGGAAACGAGGCAUUGGGGAGACAGACUGGAACAAAUCUAAGCACUAAAGACGCGGAACAGGACUUCAUUCGAAACUGAAAGAUAUUACUAAGGUGGGGGUGAGGAGCCAGCAGGACUGCCAAGCAAGGGAGGCGUGGCCACAGCCACAAAAGAAAGCAAGAAUGCCUUCUGCUAUCUACGCAUAAGAUUAAAUUUUGUAUAAAUCGUAUUAGGUAAGCACAAGGCCCUGGGUACUUUUCUUUUUCUUGAGUCAAUAUAUGCUUACCUUGCUGAGAGUCCUGUUUGCUAAGAAGAAAUCGCUCAAUAAAGGCGAAACUGGUUGAAUUUAAGAAGGGAUUCCUCUCCUAUCAGCUCUCGCGAUUCUGUAAUCAGGAACAAGGUGUUCAUUGAAGAUUAAAAACCAAAACAAAAGAUCUUUACCCGCAUGCUUUUUCCAGCAUCUUCGCAGGCAGGGCACAGACACGCGGAGUGGUACGCAUCAUGGCCUCCGUCCAGGAUCCGACUUAGUUUUCAUCAACUGCAGUCUGCACCCCUGCAGCCUUUGAAACGGUCACUACAGUCAGAGGGGAAAGCCGGGAUUGUGCGGUAGGCGGCUUGUCUGGCUUGGGAAUGAUCGAUCACCCCGCCGCUGGGAUCCUUUAGGUCUCUGCCACGAUGAAGGAGUCCCCAACACUAGUUCUAACGUCGGCUGUGAAUCCAUUCUUAGCUUGUCUCAGCUCUUCCAGACUGCGCAACAGAAUCGCAAAUCUUCGCUAGCCCGGAACCCGGAAGCACCUAAGGGCCGGUGGUUCCGUUAUAUCACUUCCGCUUCCUGUUUCCAUCCUUAAAUCCGGCCAAGGUUCAGCGUUCGAGCUACUAGUUGUGUCGUCGAUAGAUUCGAGGAUUUUGGAGCUCCAGCCACAAUGAUUGAGGUAGUUUGCAACGACCGUCUGGGAAAGAAAGUCCGCGUUAAGUGCAACACGGAUGACACCAUCGGCGACUUGAAGAAACUGAUAGCAGCUCAAACUGGCACCCGCUGGAAUAAGAUCGUUCUUAAAAAGUGGUACACGAUUUUCAAGGACCACGUGUCUCUGGGAGAUUAUGAAAUCCACGAUGGGAUGAACCUGGAGCUUUAUUACCAGUAGAGGGGAAUUCCUUCCUCCUCCUUGCCCUGCUCUGCCCUGCCUUCCUCUCCCACCCUCAUUUGACACUGGUAUAGAUGGUCAUUUUUAACAGUUCACAUGAAUAAAGACUUUGCUGCUGCUUUGCUGCUGUCA